CGUUCUCGUUUAAAAAGAGAUCUUUCUAUCAGCUUUUGUGUACUUGUGCCUAUAUAUAUAAAUCACAUCGCAAGUCAUAUGCAUCUUGCUUUCUCUCACAAACUCUUAUCCUCUCUCCGAUCAUCAACCUUGUCGAUCCAGUGAGCAAUCCUUGGAUCUGUUCUUAUCAGAGUCGUGGCAGGGAGUAAGAGAGAUAGAAUGGGGCGUGGAGUUAGUGCAGGUGGAGGACAGAGUUCUUUGGGAUAUCUUUUUGGGAGCGGAGAGGCUCCAAAGCCAGCUGUUAACAAGGCCCCAACUGAAACUCAGCCAGUUCCUCCUCCUUCUAAAAACGCUGCUCCAAAACCUGUUGAUAUUACCAAACAAGGCCCAGCUGGUCUCAAUAGCAACUCUGCUAACAAUCACAUGCGCGCUGAUGGGCAGAACUCUGGCAACUUCCUCACGGACCGGCCUUCUACAAAGGUUCACUCAGCUCCAGGUGGUGGCUCGUCUCUGAAUUACCUCUUUGGUGGUGGUAGCAGCAACUAAAAUAUGAGGACAACUGUGUCACUCUCUAUCUUCCUAUCACCAAGCCCUCCUUCUGUCAUUCUUGUGGAGCUUCUUGUUCCCUGGCAAAAACUGUCUCUGUGAUGUCUUAAUAUUCGUAUACAUAUGUGUUUCAUAUGUUGUAUUCCGUAUUUCAAAAAUAACACUUGUGAUGAUGUACCAAAUUUCUAAGUUUUCAUGAUUCUGAGGUGUAUCAAAACUUUUUUCCUUUUA